AAAGAAAAUUAUUUGAAAGAAGGAAGGGCGCCAGCUUGUGACAUUGUACACUGUAGCUCAAAAAUCCCAGAAAAAAAAUCGUAGGUACAAGAACGGCUCCUCCUGAUAAUUCGACUCCGGUGAAAAACAACUCAAGUCUUAUUGUGAUAAUGGUAUGAGAAGUUCUCAAUUAAUAUUGAAAGCAUUUUUCAAUCGUUUUCAUGACGACAAAGAAUUUAUUCAUAAAUGGAUGUUGAAGUWCUGUGAAUAGAACAGAUAAUACUCGCUUAGUUAGGAAACAUCAGAAUCUGUUAUGAAACUCGUCCAAAAUGAACAAGGGAGCAUAUUUAUAUGAAAUCGAAAAGAAAAAAAGAAAAAGUUUUGCUUUGCGUAACCUGCCUGGACGGGACCUUUCGUGUGAUGGUCUGUUUUUAACUGCUGAUUGACCAUCUGUACUGCAUGUGGUCAGACUCUGACCCUAGAAAUCGGAUUUCUAGGGUCCUCAAUACUCAUCAUGCUGGUAUAUGGGUCACAGGUCCUCUAUUACAUAACCACUGUAUUUGUAUAUGUUUGUACUUGUUGCUGGCUGAAUUCCUGAAAAUAAUUCUGACACGAUGAUCGGUUGGCCAGUCUUUGAAUUAUCAAAGGCGAUCGAUCUUCACUGAGGGAGCUGUAAGUCUAUAUUAGUCUACACGACCGAUUUCUGAGUAUAACACAUGACCUAGUACUGCUUCACUCCUCGAUAUAACUUUAAACUUAUUAUACAUUYAUGACUAAGUAAGUGGAGUAAUGAAGAAGAUGUAUAAACACUGAAGCAGAGUCUGAAUAGGGUGUGACUUUGGCAGUGAAUGCAAUGAAGGAACAGGUACACGUGUUUUAUUUGAGUACCUAUCAAGAAGACCACCCGUAAUAAUGCUCCUCGGAGCAGGAUGUUCAUCUGUAUCUCGUACAGUGGCCCAGGCAGCUUGGCAAUGGAAUUUAAUUCAGGUGUCAUACGGUUCUACUGCAUCUUAUCUUUCCAACACCAAACGAUAUAAACUGUUUUAUCGCGUUAUUCCGCCCGAUUCAUCUCGAAUCGCUGCACUUAUUAGCUUUCUAAAACUAAACAAGUGGAAUCGAGUGGCAUUGGUAGGAGAAAAUGACAUGGGACAGACAAUAAUCGAGCUGACACAAGAGCUUCAUAAGCACAAUGCGACAAUUAUUACGUCGGAAAUAUUGACGGAAGAACCAAGCAAGCAGAUGGAAAAUAUCAAGGCGAAGGACGCAAGAAUCAUUAUAUCCCUCGUGAACCAAGACAGGACAAAGCAUGUUUUUUGUCAGGCUUACCAGGUUGGCAUCUAUGGCCGCAGAUACGUAUGGAUUUUUCCAUUCUGGUUUGGCGAUCAAUGGUGGCUCAAAGAUGGCUCCCAUUGCAACAAACACCAAUUAACCCCGCCUGCACAUGGAAAUUUCUUUUUUGACAGCACGGGACUGGCAACUAGUGACAAGGAUGCUUUUGGCAUGAGUGCUUUACAAAUGAAAGAAACCUUAAAAAAAGACCCGGGAUUCACGAAUGAUUUUGCGCUGUUUGCCUUCGAUGCUAUGUGGGCGAUGGCUUUAACCCUGCACAACGCAGCCAARACUCUAGCUGAACAAAACAAAACCCUCGAAAUGUUUAACUACCGAAGCAGUAGAAUUACAGCGAUAAUGAAGUCUUCAUUGCAAUCCAUAUCCUUCCAAGGAACAACGGUAAUUACUAACUGAAAGUCAGUCGUGGAUAUG